UCAAUGUUUGUCUGGUGUCUGGAGUGCAAAAUGGUAUUAGAUUCUAGUGGAAACAUCGAAUGAUACCCACGUACUCGUUAAAGAUCCCGAUUGGCAAGCGCGGAGGACGCGGUACCCUUACAAGAAGUCAGUCGCUCACACACACGUACUCGUCUACACCUUGUACAGGCUGGAGGGGUUUAUCAGCAUUCAGUAUUGCUUUGCUGGCACUGUUACACACUUUACUUCACUCUCGUCUGAGUGUUACCAUUAGUGUUCAUUUAUCUAUCUCGUUCAAAAACCAUGCGAGCUUCUAAAAAGUCUAUAGACUUAAGAAACUGUUAAUCUUGCAGGCGGAAAUUACUAUAUAAUUAUCCUGUUGAAUCUUUCGUGUUUUCAUUGUGUUAUCGUUUAAUUUUCACCCGAGAAGUUUAUUUAAUAAUUAGUUUAAAUUAUUUUUUCGCGCCUAACUAGUGACCAGUGUAGUUAAGGACUCAUUGAAGUGUUACUUUUUUUUUCAACUUCGUGCUGGAACAAAAUUCUUCACGAUUUUAUAGUACAGGAGCUUUACAAUGCCACCAGAUUUUCACAGAUAUCACGACGGCUACGAUAACACGCUGAUACCGAUAUCUUGAUUGUGUACGCCAGUCGAGUAUUGUCUUCGGGGAGGUCUCGUGUCGCUUUUAACUUCUCUGUAUAUUUACAAUGGAUGCCAACGAGUUGUUAUUGUAUUUCGCGAUAGCAGGCGGUGUAACCGCGGGUGCUCUCCUGUUGCUCUUCAUUUUAGUGUUCGUACUAUUUGUCAAAGUGAAUCGAUUAAGUACAGACGGCAAAAAUUGUUUUACUAAGUCGAUGAAAUUGUUCAGGUCCAAUCAACUGAAUAGACAAACGAGUAUGAUGGCGGACUUUUGUUACACAAAUCCGACGAUUGUCCCAGGGGAAUUGUUGUCCCGUCGUGGAUUCUCGAUGUACAGCGGUUCCGAAAAUUUUAACGAUGAUUUUGGAACGAAGAAAGACUAUCAUUAUGGGACUUAUCACGAGGCACGAUCGAAAUUUUAAUAAUUAAUUGUGUUUGUAACAUAUAGAUCAUAUCAGUAAGUUAAGAGAUUCAUUAAUUUAGUGUAAUUCAUUAGGUCCACUUUAUAGUGAAUUGAAACCACAUUUGAUAUAAAUGAUAUUUAUACAUAUGGUUUCUUUAAAAGAAUUAGUUUUCAGCUGAACAGCAAAAAGAUAUUUCAUAAAACGGUGAUUAAUGAAGAUAAAUCUGUACUUAAUUUGUUUUUUCUACGAAUGAUAAUGACUCUCAGAGAAAUCAUAUUGAUAGUGGUACACUCAGUUGCUAGCAGAUGACGCCAUAUACAUUAGUCACUCAGGGAAAUAGAAUGAUAUGUGUUCAUAGUUGAUAAGAAUUAAAUGGUUCUCUAUAUAUACAGUAUAUAGACUAAUUAAAGUUACUAAAAAAUAUUACAUAAAUGUCAACUAUUCAUUAGUCUCUUUAAUUAUUUAUUUUCCAUCUCUCAACAUCGAUUUUAUUCCAAAGGUCUGUAUACAGCAUUUGUUUCGUUUGUAACGUGUAUAUUAUUUAUAAUAAAUGUUAUCAUGUUACAGA